AUGUUUUGUUUAAUCGAUUUUUGGAGAUGUAUUUAUAUCCAUCCUAAAGAUAUUGGACCGCAUUUUGAAGAGCGGCAACUACGUAAUCAUUCAAUGAAGACUUCAGAGAAAACUCAGUUCUUAGAAUGUCUCUUAGGAAAAACUGCCACUGAAGUUUUACUGAAUCAAAAAGUAAAAGAUGUGAACACUGAACCUGACACUACUGUACAAUCAAACAACAAAAAAAUCUCACUGAAUAAUUAUCUUUUUUUACGUCUUAUUGGAAAUGGUUCAUACGGCAGUGUUUGGCUAGCCCAAAACAUUUUUACUCAAGAAUUCGUUGCAAUUAAGAAAUAUCAUAAUGUACGGCGACGUGAUGGGGUUUUAAAGACUUGUUUACGCGAACUUACUUUACUUUAUGAACUUAAUAAUCAUCCAAACAUUACGAGAUUUAUUGGUGUAGAAAUUUCGCAAAAACGGAAAGUUACAAUACCUGAGCUCCGUAAAAUGAGUAUUGAUAUUUUAACUGGUUUAGACUACAUUCACAGACGCCAAAUUGCUCACAGAGAUAUAAAGCUGAGCAAUAUUUUAAUUAGUGACAAAGGUGUCUGCAAAUUAGCAGAUUUCGGUCUAUCCAGACUCAUAUUCAACUGCAGACAAAAUAUUUCAAAAGAAAACAUAUUUGAUGAUGAAAUCCAAGUUCUGGAAUCUACCCACCCCAACUUGACAAAUGGUGUAGUUACGCUGUGGUUUAGACCCCCAGAGCUGUUGUUGGGAGCAAAGUGUUAUUUACUGGAGUGUGAUAUUUGGAGUUUUGAAUUGAGCGUAUUAACACGAAUGAUUGAAGGGUUCGAUUUAUUAGUUGAUCGUUAA